UUGUUAAAUUUAACACAAACUAUGUUUCAGUGUUACUGUUUCCCAUCAACCCAUGCAGGGCAAAAAUUUUAAACUCAUUCAUGCGUGACUGCAGUGCGUACAAUAAUGCACCAUGCAUGAUAAAGUUUUAAGAUUUAUAUUAGAAUAAAUAAAAUAAUAAACAAAGAAUUAAGUAGGAUAUUCUAUUUAUUUACGAAGUAUCUAUUUUACGUAUUGAAGGAAUAUCGUGUAUUUCACACGCAGUUUGAAGCCCAUAAAUAUAUAUCGGGAAGUAUUUAUUCGGCAUGAUGUUAUAUAGCGGUGAAUUAUGAUAAUAUGUGGUGGCAUUGAAACUUCCCUGACCGCACGAUGCUUUGGUUGGUUCACAAGAGCAUAUUAUCAAAAAUAACUUCAAGCAAGUUUAACGCGAAAGAAAUUUUUUUAAGGAGACAAUGUUAUCAUUUCAAUUGAUCCAUCUUUUUACAACACUCGUGGUAGGAAUUCGCUUGAGGGAUGAUCCCUCGUGCAGCCUUUAUCUUGGUUUUGAUCGGUACAAUGCUGAACACUUGUACGACGAUUCUGGACAUGACAAUAAAGCUACCUUAGCCAACGGUGCAUCCAUCAGUAAACUUGAUGGUAGUUGCGGUGUGUGCGUUCAAUUGCUCGGUGGUGAAGUGAUUUUAGAUGGGAAGAACUUUAAAGGUGUACCAUAUCAAGGCAUAACAAUUAGUAUGAUGCUUAACUUGGUGAAUAUCAUAGGCUCGCACGAGCUUUUUCAAACGGUUGGCGAUCAUUCUGAUCAUAAAGAAGGUCAGUAUCAUUUGGAAGUCAUUGAUGGAAAAGUGCGCUGGUUUCAUCGUAACGAAAAAGGCGAAACAGUAUUUGCUGCCGAAACAUCGAAAGUUGUGAUCGAAGCCAACACGUGGUACGAACUUGCAGUGAGUUACAACUCCACAAGUGGAAGUGCAAAUAUUUACAUAGAUGCAUUGCUUGUGAAAGACGAAGUGUCUGAUCCGAUGGUGCUUUCGACAGAUUGGGGUUUAUUCGCAGGUAUUGGAAAUUUCAAAGGUGACCGAGAACUGAAGGGUUACAUUGACGAGUUUUAUGUUUUCAAUAGAACGCUAAUGCAAACAGAAAUCCGCGAUAUAAAUAGACACUGUAAAGGCGCCAAAGCGUCACAAAUUAUACAUUUAAAUUUUGAAAACAUUACUGCCAACGAAACGUUCGACACUUCUUAUCAAGGAAACAAUGGACAUUUUAUUGGAAACGUUGUGACAGGAGUAAAUGGCACAUGUGGUCCAGCAAUAAAAAUAGGAAGUCAGGAAGCAAACACAACAUCCGAAAUUUCCGUUCAAGGUCCACGUUUUCACAACAAGCCAACAGACUCUUGUACGCUAGCAUUAUGGGUAAAAUUAGAAGAUAAUCGGGGCAAACAUCGAUUGUUUUACACGCUAGGCGGUCACUCAAUGCAUACUCACGAGCAAUACGAUUUGAGCGUCAAUGACGGUGCAGUUCACUGGGCACAUCAUAACGAAUAUGACCAACAAAUAUUUAACGUGAAAACAGAACCAAUCAUCGUGAAAGAUGAAUGGACACACAUCGCUGCAACUUACGACUCUACAAAAGAAAUCGCUGUUAUUUAUGUGAAUGGGGAAAUCAAAGAAGGAGCGAACGGAGCUGGUGCUCUGUCGGAGGAUUGGGACGGCAGAGCGGCGUUUGGUCGACAUGACGGAACGGCUUCUUUUGAUUAUUUCGAUGAAAUUGAUAUGUAUGAUAGAGAGUUGUCGCCGUUAGAAAUACGUCAAAUGUUUAUGAAGUGUAGUGACGUAUUAAAUUACGGAAUGAGAAGUUUUAUACCAAAUGAGAAGUAUUUUUCUCUGCUUCACCAAACUUCUCACAAGAGAAAAAAAAGAGAAACAGAAAAUCAAGCGCAAUUGAUCUAUAUGACGUUCGAUCGAAUUGCAGGAGAUAAAGUUUACGACGACUCAGGAUAUGGUAACCAUGGCAAUCUAGCAGGUUUGUCUAAGCUUGCAAGGGACGCUGGGAAAUGUGGUCAUGGCUUGCGUUUUCAAGGAGGUAAUAUGCUUUUAAACGGCCACUUAAUAAAAAACAAACCUAUUACUGGAAUAACUAUUGCAUUGUGGGUAUAUAUGGACACAACAGAAGGGCAACAAGAAAUCUUUCAAACGAUUGAUCCAAAAGCACCUGUCAACAAACAUGGAAUGUAUUAUCUAGAAAUAAGCGAUGGUCAUGUUCGUUGGUUUCACAGAAACGAACAAGGAGAGACUAUAUUCAGUGUUGAAACUUUAAAAGUCGUCGUACAGAAAGAAGUUUGGAUUCAUAUUGGUGCAACAUAUGAUUCAAAGACUAAGAAGGCUGUUCUCUAUGGAAACGGCGACGUCGUUACGACAGAUGACGGAAAUGGGUUGUUAUCACAGGAUUGGGAAGGUCGAGUAUGUGUCGGUAAAUUUUAUGACACGUCUGAUUCUGGCGAAUAUUUGGAAGGGCGGUCACUUGAAGGAAUACUCGAUGAAUUUUAUUUGUAUAAUCGAGCGCUGAGUCAAAUUGAAGUUAGCCGACUCAGUCAAAUAUGUGACUUUCGAAGGAUAGUUUUAUAUUAUGGAUUUAAUAAAAUAGUUGGAGAUAGUGUUAUGGACCAAUCUGGUCUAGCGAAUACUGGUCGACUAAAAAAUGGUACGGUCUCAAUAGAUGGGAAAUGUGGAAAGGGACUUAAUUUUACAGAAAAUAGUUAUAUAGCUUUGAAUGGAGACGAAUUUCGUCAGAAACCUUCGAAUGCAAUAUCUUUGUCUGUAUGGAUACAUCUUAACACAAACAGGGGACGCCAUCAACUUUUCAACACGAUAGGUAGUCGUUCCUUACACAAACAUGAUCAAUAUAACUUUGCAGUUGAUGAUGGACAAAUACUCUGGUUUCACCGAGAUCAUUUAGAAAAAGAAGUUUUUAAUUUACGUACAUUAGCGGUAGUGAAACCACGGCAGUGGAUAAAUAUUAUAGUUACAUAUGACUCUCAAGAAGAAAAAGCGAAAGUUUUUUUGAAUGGCGAUCUUGUGAAAGAAGUCGAUGGAAAUGGCUAUCUAUCGCAAGAUUGGGGACACUUUUCUGGAAUUGGAAAGCAUUAUUACCAAAAUACUUAUUUUUCCGGAGCUAUGGACGAACUUACUAUGUUUAAUUACGCUUUACCUAUAGACGAAGUGCAGUACGUAGCGAAAGGCGACUGCGAUAAUGUUUUAAGAUGACGAGUCCUUAAUAGAAAAGAUCAUUUUGUUUCCUCAUACUUUUCUUGUAACUUGUACAUAGGAAUUCCUAGAAUUUGUAAAUCAUUUUUGUAAAAACAAUUCGAUGUAAUAA